ACAGAAGCAACUGAACAUGUUCCUUCCUCCCAUCUUAUGUUCACUUCAACCAAACUAAUUUCCUCCAGAUAUAAGAGGAACACAGUGAUUUAAAGUAUUGGAGCAGAAAAUUAUUUGGGACAUGGAGAUGUGGAAUAUGACUGAUGUGCCAGCCAAGCCAUUCUCACCUCUGUCUAACUGCACUGUGGACACCAGCUAUCGCUUCACCUUCUAUCAAGUGUCUUAUAGUGUCAUCUUCCUGCUGGGGUUGGCCACCAACAGCCUGGCCCUUCGGAGACUGUGUCUAUCUCCCUGCACCAUGAACAGCACAGCCGUUUACAUGGUCAGCCUGUCAGCUGCCGACUUGUUUUUUGUAAUCUCUCUACCCCUGAGAAUCUACUACUACCACCAAAAAGCCAGAGCCUUGUCCCCCAUGACAGGAGACCGAUCCAGUUGGACUCCUGGGGUGGCAUACUGCCAUCUUACUUUCACCCUCAAAUACAUCAGCCUGUAUGGGGGCAUCUUCUUCCUGGUGUGCAUUGCUGUAGACCGUUACUUUGCUGUGGUGCACCCGCUGGCAUCAACACUCCGCAGGCUGCGUGUUGCACAGCUGAUAAGUGGGGGGAUCUGGUGCUUGGUGCUGGGGCUGGGGCUCAGUGUAAGUCUGCCUCUGCUGCGCUCUGCAGCCGCUCGCCAGCACCAGCUCUGUCUGCUGGACCCAUCUUCGCAACACCACCGCACCAUAAUCCUGGUAGCUCUGGGCUUAGUCCUAGGGUCAUUUCUGCUGCCCACUGUGCUACUUCUCUACAGCUACUGCAGAGUGCUGAGCGUGCUUCGUCAGCCAAGACACCACUCCCGCAGCCAGCACCUCAGCCGUCAGCACACACUCACAAUUAUUUACAGGGUGCUGGGUGUCUUCCUGCUGUGCUUCGUCCCAUAUCACAUCAACCUCCUGGGAUACACCCUUACACAUGUGUGGCUGCUGCCCCAUUGUGGCCUGGCCCAGAUGACCAAGGCUGUACACCCUGUGGUACUAUCACUAGCAAGCUCCAACUGCUGCCUCAACCCACUCAUCUACUAUUUCUCCAGCAGCCUUGUGCACAGGGAGGUGCCUGGUGGUGGAGGCAGCGGCAGCCAGUGACACAAACCAUCUCACACCACUACUGAAAGAGACUCUUUCUUCUUUCUUUCUUUCUUUGACAUUUUUCAUAUUUACUGAAUGUUUAAUUUAUGUGGAACCUGCCUCAUUUUACAAAAAUGCUGAUCAAACGUUAUAGAUCAACAUGUAAACUACUCCAUGUCAUUUAUGUUAUUCAUGAAAUGUAGUAAUAAUUAAUCUACUAUCUAUCUACUGAUAGUUUUUCUUCUCAUGGGCCAAUGAAUGCUAUAUAAAAAAGGUAGAUAUAGUUUGUAUUUACUAUGUCUAUGUGCCUUUAUGUUGUGUAUGCAUGAAUCUCAUUAAAAUGCUGCGACAUCAUUACUAGCAUACUGUACUGG